GAAGUCACUGAAGGAGGAGGAGAUUAUUGUGCCACGUUGAUGGAGCCGAAGACCAGUGCGGACGUGGAAUUUCAUUGAAUGUCCAUUCUGCAGCGGAGAGCUGUCGGCUUGUUUAGUCUUGCACAAUAAGAAAAGGGAACUUGCACGAGUGAUCAACGUUUUUGUCGCAUAUCGACUGUGUAUGUAUGUGUUAUAAGAGCGAACAGAACUGAGAAGAAUGAAGCUCAAAGAGAUCAACCGCACGGCCGUCCAGAGCUGGAGCCCAGCACAGCACCAUCCUGUGUACCUGGCAGCAGGUACAUCAGCCCAGCAGCUGGAUGCCUCCUUUAGUACCUCCGCCUCUCUGGAGAUCUUUGAGCUGGACCUGGCCGAGCCUUCUCUGGACAUGAAGCUCCGGGGAGCUUACUCCUCCUCUCACAGAUACCACAAGCUGGCGUGGGGUCCCCACGGCAUGGAUGCACAGGGUCUCCCGUCUGGAGUGCUCAUCGCAGGGGGAGAGAACGGCGAUGUCAUUCUUUACGACCCGGCCAAGAUCAUUGCUGGACACAGUGACGUUGUCAUCGCUCAGAGUAACAAACACAGCGGGCCCGUCAGAGCCCUUGAUGUCAACUCCUUCCAGACCAACCUGGUGGCUUCAGGAGGUAAUGAAUCAGAGAUCUACAUCUGGGACCUAAACAACUUUGGCUCCCCGAUGACACCAGGCCCUAAAACUCAGCCUCUAGAGGACAUCAGCUGUGUGGCGUGGAACAGGCAGGUCCAACACAUCCUGGCUUCAGCCAGCCCCAGCGGCCGCGCCUCUAUCUGGGACCUCCGCAAGAACGACCUCAUCAUCAAAGUCAGCGACCACAGCAAUAGGAUGCACUGCUCUGGGCUAGAGUGGAACCCUGAGGUGGCUACUCAGCUGGUGCUGGCCUCGGAGGAUGACCGGAUGCCAGUGAUCCAGAUCUGGGACCUGCGUUUUGCCACCUCCCCUCUCAAAGUCCUGGAGAACCACACACGGGGUGUCCUGGCCAUCGCUUGGAGCCUGGCGGACCCUGAGCUGCUACUGAGCUGCGGGAAAGACAACAGAAUCCUCUGCUGGAACCCCAACACCGCCGAGGUGCUGUAUGAGCUGCCUACCAGCACCCAGUGGUGCUUUGACAUCCAGUGGUGUCCCAGGAACCCAGCGGUGCUGUCGGCUGCAGCCUUCGACGGACACAUCAGCAUCUACUCCAUCAUGGGGGGCAGCAGCCAGGCUUUCAGCCAGACACAGGCAGACACGAUCAGCACGUCAUUUGGCAAUAUGGAUCCAUUUGGGAUGGGACAGACCCUGCCCCCCCUGCAGCUUUCCCAGGCCUCGCCCGCCUCCACCACCAUCACCCCCCUGAAAAAGCCCCCCAAGUGGAUCCGCAGGCCCGUGGGGGCCUCCUUCGCUUUUGGUGGUAAGCUGGUGUCGUUGGAGAACAUCAAGCCCAACCCCCAGCAGCCUCAGCAGCCUACGGCCCAUGUGGUUUACAUUAGUCAGGUGAUUACGGAGACGACCUUCCUGGAGCGCUCUGCCCACCUGCAGGCCACACUGGCUGCAGGCAGCUUCAUUGACUUCUGCCAGGAGAAGAUGGACUCUGCCCAGAACGAGUUUGAGAAGACCGUCUGGUCCUUCCUGAAGGUGAACUUUGAGAGUGACGCUCGCGGAAAAUACCUGAAGCUUUUGGGAUACAAGAAGGAGGAGCUAGCAGCAAAGAUUGCAGCAGCAUUAGAGGGAGAACCUAUUCAGCCCGAGGAGCCUGCUCCUGCCCCCACCUCUGAUCCUGAACCAGGGGUAGUGCCCAUUCCCGCUCCCCAGCUCAACACGGAGCCUGAGGUCCUUCCUCCCGUGCCUGAGGCUGCUGCCGUUGAGCCCACCCCCGAACCGCCGCUUGAGCCCGCCCUCCAGCCCGAACCCGGACCCCAGCCAGAGCUUGCCCCCCCACCCAGCGGUGACCUUUCAGCUUCUGAUCCUAUGCCUGUCCUCCAAUCGGAGCCUGUCCUUACUCUUGACCUCAGCGCAGAACCCCAGCUUCUUGCCCCUGUUGCUCCCGUUGCUCUCCUGCCAGAGUCUGACCCUACUCUGGCCCCCCCAGCUCUGGCCCCCCCAGCUGACCUGCAGCAAGCACCCAUCUUUGAUCCCACUGCCUCCUUUACCCUCCAGCCUCCAACAGAGUUCAACCAAGUGAACUCACUGCCUGUAUCUGAAUUUGACCAGGUAGCUUUGCAGCAUGUAUCUGAAUUUGACCCGGUGGCCUUGCAGCCUGUAUUUCAGUUCAACCAAGUCGACUUACAGCCUGUUUCUGCGUUCAACCAGGUGGACUUAGAGGCUGUAUCCGACCUCACCAACCUGCAGCCAGUACCCGGCUUCGACCCGACGUCAACAAUUCCCAGUCUGCAGUCGGCAGUCCAGCUGGACCUGGCUCCUCCUAUCCCCACCUUGCAGCCUCUAGCAGACCCUGGACUCCCGCCUGAAGACGCAUUUGACCUCAUCGCUGCUGCAAACCUCCAGCCAGCAGCGGAACUAGAACUCACACCUGCUCCGGAACCAGAAGCGGAAAAUCCAUUUGACCUCAUCGCUGCUGCAAAUCUCCAGCCAGCAGCGGAACUGGAAGUGACAGGAGCUCUGGAACCAGAAGCGGAAGAUCCAUUUGACCUCAUCGCUGCUGUAAACCUCCAGCCAGCAGCGGAACUAGAACUCACACCUGCUCCGGAACCAGAAGCGGAAGAUCCAUUUGACCUCAUCGCUGCUGUAAACCUCCAGCCAGCAGCGGAACUGGAAGUGACAGGAGCUCUGGAACCAUUGGCAGCAGAAGUAGACCUGACAGAGGCCCUUGGAGCUGAGCCCAUCACCCAGGAAGAGAUGCCAGUAAAUGAAGAGAUUCCUCUGGAGGAGGAAGCGGCUCCACCAGUAGAGGCCAGCCUGCCAGGGGAGACCCCAGCUCCAGUCCCAGAGGGCAUUAAACUCCGCGUCAGUCAAGGCGUGGAUGGCCUGAUCACCCAGGCCCUGCUGACGGGGGACUUCCAGGGCGCAGUGGACCUCUGUCUCCAUGACAACCGCAUGGCUGACAGCAUCAUCCUGGCCAUCGCCGGAGGGGCGGAGCUUCUGGAGAAAACACAGAGGAAGUACUUCACCAAGACUCACAGCAAGAUCACCAAGCUGAUCAGUGCGGUGGUGAUGGGGGACUGGCGUGACGUGCUGCAGACCUGUGAGCUGCAGAACUGGAAGGAGGCUCUGGCUGCAGUCAUGACCUACGCUCAGCCCGGGGAGUUCUCCUCUCUGUGUGACCUGCUGGGCUGCAGACUGGAGGCUGUGGAGAACAGCACGCUGCAGGCUCAGGCCUGUCUGUGUUACAUCUGCGCUGGCAACGUGGAGAAACUGGUGUCCUGCUGGACCAGAGCACAGGACGGACACUGCCCUCUCUCUCUGCAGGACCUGGUCGAGAAGGUGGUGGUGCUCCGCAAGGCGGUAGAGCAGACCCAGGAGUCUGGUCCCUCUGCUGUGGGGCUUCUACUGGGAGAGAGGAUGAGUCAGUAUGCCAGCCUGCUGGCCUCCCAGGGCAGCCUCUCCAACGCCAUCGCAUACCUGCCCCAGAACACAGAGCAGGUUGAGGUGCAGCAGCUGCGUGACCGUCUCAGCAGAGCUCUGGGUCAACAGGCUCCUGCUGCCGCCCCGGUAGCCCAACCCCAACUCCCAUCCCCUCAGCCCACAGCUGCCCAGCCCAGGCAGCUCUUCACCCCUGCUCAGCCUUCUAUGGUGACCCAGCAGCCCGCUCCAGCCCCUGUGCCUGCCGCUGCCACCGCACCGCAACAGUAUUACCAGCCGGUGAGGUCUGCCUCUACAGUUACCUCCUGGAGUAACCAAACUCCCACAGCUCUCCCCAGUGUCCCUCCUCCUCAUCUAGGCCCUGCCACCACAGAGCCCCAGGUUCAACCGACACCCCCCAUGUAUGGGAUGCCUCCCUCUGGGUCAGCUGCUCCCCCAGCCUCCUCGUCUGCUGCGUACCCCCCCAUGUACUCACAUCAGUACCAGCCCUACCCUCCGGCCAGCCAGUACAACCGUGGCACUGGUGGCCCAGCUAUCUAUUCGCCUCUCCAGUACUCUGCUCCUCCUCCUCCCUCCUUCUCUUCCUCCUCACCCCAAGCCCCAGCUCCAGGCUUCAUGCCCCAAUACACCCAACAACCCCUCUACCCACCUCCUUCCAUGGGCCAGCCUGUGUCCUCCGCUCCUCCUUUCUCUCCUCCUCCGCUGUCAUCUGGAGCGUCUUUCCAACAUGGCGGACCGGGGUCGCCCGCCUCGUACAUGCCGCCGCUCCCACCAACCGGAUCCUCAGAGGGAUAUAAUCCAGACACUACCUGUUUCAUGGAAGGUGAAGGCCCUCAGAAUGGCUGGAACGACCCGCCUACCCUGAACAGAGUGCCAAAGAAGAAGAAGGUUCCAGAGAACUACACGCCUCCUUCCCCCAUCACGGCCCCCAUCUUUUCUCCCCUCGGUGCCGGGGACCCCCAGCAGCCCCCUUACAUGCCUCCAGGCCAGGCCCAGAACCAGGCCACCUACCAGGGCAUGCAGCAGCAGACGGCCCCCCCACCCAUGAACCCUGGCAUGCUCAAGACACGUGGAGGAAGUGUGGAGGGAGCGCCCGGAGCCCCGACCGGAGAUAUCAUACAGCCGCUGCAGUCCAUCCCUGCUGAGAAGAUCACCAUGAAGCCCAUCCCUGAUGAGCACCUGGUCCUGAAAAACACCUUUGAGGGCCUCAUCCACAAGUGCUUGGCUGCUGCCACCGAUCCUCAAACCAAGAGGAAGCUGGAUGACGCCAACAAACGCCUUGAGGCCCUCUACGACAAGCUACGAGAGCAGACUCUCUCCCCAGCCAUCAUAGGGGGCCUGCACAACAUGGUGCAGUGCAUCGAGUCUCGAUCCUACGUGGAGAGCCUCAACAUCCACACACACAUAGUGAGCAGCAGCAACUUCAGCGAGACGUCUGCUUUCAUGCCUGUGCUCAAGGUGGUGCUGACACAAGCCAACAAACUGGGGGUCUGAGCAGGAGAGACCCUCCCCGACUCCUCAGUCUGAGGUGAGAUGGAGAAGGAUUGGUCAGCGAUGACGUCAUAAGAGGCCAGGAAGUAGACGUAGGGAGCCAGGUGUUUUAAUCAGUGGGAGUUCCAUGUGGCUCCCAGUGCAGAUAUUACACUUCCUGUAGAAUCAUGAGAUUUUAUGACAUAACUGUCCGAUCAACUUCUUCAUCCCAUUCCGGACUCAAGAGACCCCUCCCCCUUUUACAACUCAAACAAGCCAUGUCACCAGUAUCAAUACAGUAUAGUAAACACAUGCGGGACAUAGGACCAAGAUGUAUUGAUAUUGCCAGUCUUAUCGUUGUCACUGGGAUAAUAUGUUAAAAAGCCAAACAACCCAGUUUUGAGGAUCAUAUUUUGUUUUUAGAAUAUUUCUUUUCAUUCUGUUUUUAUUUUCUUGUUCAUUUUUAGUGUAAUCAUGAUUUUGACAGAGCAGAGUGCAAUGGGGGUUGCUCCCCUUUUAACCAGAGACUGUACUUUAAAACACAGGAGGAAUUCAUGCUAAGAUAAUAUGCCAGGGAUCAUCAUCAGACUGGUUUUAAUUGGGUAUUAUUGUCAGGUUUAAUAAUGAGGGAACUAGCUUUUUAUAAUGGUCGUCAUGCCAUGAAUUUCACGCCACAGCGUCCAUUUCCUUUCCCUCAGUUGUCUUCAGUAUGAUUUAGGCUUUUGAUUAAACAGUCUAUCUGUCUCUUCAUCCUGGUAAGAUCAGAAAUACACUUAUGUUGCAAAUGGGACAUUUUUAAAAUUGACAACAUGCAAUAUUUUCAAUAAAUAGUAUUUAUUUAAAACCUGCUGCUUCAUUGUUUUAAUAUCAGUUGCUUUCAGAUGUUACUAAUUAAUGUGUGUCAUAAACAGCUUGGAUAACAUGUUUUAAUAGACUAAUUGUCUUUCCGUUUACAAAUACUGGCCAAUUAGUUGGUACUGGACAUUUAACUAAUCUGAUACUGGAUGCAGUGUCUGAAUGCAAUGUGAGUGUGUUGGAACGGAGAAUGAAAUGCAUGUCUUGACUGUCUAGAUCCAUCUUCAGCCUUGACCUUGGAGUUUUUAGUAUCUUGAAUUUGUAACGUUCUUAUGUAUUUACGAAAUAGAGUUACAAUUAGCUUUUAUAACAAUCUCUGCCUGCCCUCCCUCAUAUGUACUAGGCCUAAUAUGUAUGUACAUUAGAUUUAACUAUGUAACUUGUAAAAAAAAUAAAUGCUUUCACAAAUCA